UAACGACCAAUGAUAUUGAUAAAUUCCAUCUCGUAACCCCACUGUAAUACUAUUUUUUACCCAAUUUUCUCUUUAGACCUUUGACUUUCGAAUAGAGAACUUUCCUCUAAAUUUAUAGUAUCUGCUAGGGGAGGCAUUUACUUAACUUAGUCCUCCAUAAUCAGGAUGGUUUCGAACAUCGAAGACGAUGAAGUGGCCAGCAGCUGUCACACAGAGACCACACCGCUCUUGUCGAAUUCUGAGUCUCCGGAAUCCGAUAUCAGCGGUAGCUGGGGAGCAGAACUAUGGCUUCUCUUACAGUAUUCCGUUCCCCUCAUAGCUACUUAUCUUCUUCAGUAUUCAUAUAGUGUUAUCACCACCUUUGUCGCCGGUCAUCUUAGUGCCGAUGCUCUUGCAGCUGCCAGCAUAGGUAUGACGACAAUGAACAUCGUCGGAUUCGCUACCAUCGAGGGGAUGGCCACAGCUCUCGACACAUUGUGCGCUCAGGCAUAUGGAUCAGGAAGCCUUCAUGGAGUCGGAUUGCAUGUUCAAAAGAUGCUACUUCUCAUGGCAUUAUCCAUCAUCCCCAUUGGCAUCUUCUGGAUCUGCUCUCCAUGGGUGCUCUCUCUCUUCGUCCGACAACAACACUUAGCCGUCAUGGCAGGUUCUUUCCUGCGGGUUAGUCUCAUUGGAUUACCCGGAUACGCCUCUUUUGAAGCGGGCAAGCGGUUUCUCCAAGCCCAGGGAGACUUCAAAGCUGCUCUCUUUUCCAUCAUCAUAUGCUCGCCGAUCAAUGCCCUGCUCAGCUGGUUCUUCGUGUUUCGAAUGGGGAUGGGCCUCGACGGCGCUGCGUUGGGAGUCGCCCUCACCAAUAACCUUCGGCCUGUGCUUCUACUUUUCUACAUAAUGCUGCCGGUAGGCAAAUGGACGCAUCAAUGCUGGGGCGGGUUUUCGAGGGAUGCCCUCUCCAAGUGGGGGCCUAUGGUACGACUCUCAUUCGCGGGAUUUGCUGUUAACUUAGGGGAAUGGGCUGCUUUCGAGAUGAUGACUUUUAGCACCUCCUACCUUAGCACGAACCACAUCGCCGCGCAAUCGGUUGUGAUGACCAUUUCUAUCGUGUCAUGGCACAUCCCCUUCUCUCUGAGCGUCGCAAUAAGUACGCGCAUCGGCCAUCUUAUCGGCGCCGGCCUUGUCAAAACAGCUCGACGUGCUGCUGUCUUGUACGCGGUCGUUUGUACCAUUGUUGGAAGUGUUGAUGGAUUCAUAAUAUUCGCGCUGCGGAACCAGCUUUUAACCUUCUUCUCCGAAGACGAUGUUGUCUGUGAUAUUGCUUCCAAGACCAUGCUUACAGUUGCAGUGUUCCAGAUUAUCGAUGCUAUCAUAUGCUGCACUAACGGCUUGCUUCGUGGCCUUGGACGUCAGUCCUUCGCCGCUUGGGUCGUUUUAGCGGUCAAUUACUUGGGUGCUGUUCCACUAGCGAUGUGGUUAGAGUUGGGUUCACCGGCCUUGGGUUUAAACGGUGUUUGGAUUGGUCUUGGUAGUGGUAUGGUGCUGACUGCUGUUAUCGAGGGUGCUUAUAUGAAAUCAAUGAGGUGGCAGGAUUGCGUAGCUAGUGUGAAGUCGAGAGAAGGCUUGUAGGAGGCGUAUGAUGCGUCUAAGAGCACAGAGACUCGGCGCAUAACUUCCAACCAUGUAGUCUUGGUUACGACAUCAAUGUAACUAGAGGGCACUAGCCUUUAUGUCUAAUCAGUAAAGAAGUAGAUGCAAUACUACCCUGGAUAAAUUGGCU